AUGCUGGUUGCAGAAAAAUUUGCAAGUACAGGAAAAAAAGUUUUUGUUAAUGGUAUGGAAGUGUAUGAAUAUUAUAACUUGGAUAAAGAUUUGAUGACAAUUUAUAUAUCAAAAGUUGAUACAACUGGUUCACAAAAUCCGAAUAAAUUUAUACUGGAUGAUACUGAUUUGUUGAGAUGGUGGAAAAAUACAUUUAAAGUAUUGAACAAAAACAGUUUAAGCCAGCAACAAAUAAAAGUUGAUAAUGUAAAUAAUUGGUUUUUUAUACCUGAUGUUUUAUCAAAAAGAGAAGCUAGACUACUUAUUAAAGAUGCCAAUAAUAAUAGUAGGGAUGAUGAUGACAGUUUUUGGAGAUAUGAUUAUCCAUAUUCUGAUAAUGAAAAUGCAAUUGAUGUUAUUCCAAUAUUUGAAGAUGAUCCAAAAUCAAGAUGGAUAAAUAAAAAGAAUGACAAGAAUGAAAAAAGCUCAGAGCUAAAAGUUAAAAUGUUUUAG